GUUGCUAUGUUGGUUGAACAAACAGGUGAAAAUCAGAGUAUCGUGAUUUCAGAGCUCCUUUUUUUGUUGUGAACAUGAAUAAUGGGGUCGAGGUGGAAAGGAAAAGGGGCACAAGUUAAAGCUCUUGCAGAUCCCAUUUCAGAAAUAGUCAACCAGCUCCAAUAUUCUCUGAUCAGCUCAAACUCCAUAGGACUGCUUUCUGGUAUGAGUGUGCUUCUUAAAGCAGAUGCAGAAUUAACUGACCUCCUCAAUCGUGCAUGUUUUGGUAGACCUAGGGUAACAUCAGAAAAGAAUGAGCAAUGGUUUCAGCUCUCCAUGGAAGAAGCUUUUUACCUUCAAUAUUCUCUAAAAUGCAUUAAGGUUGUUGACCACAAUGACACUGAACUGAAUAAUGAUGAGUUAUGGAAGCAUAUGACAUCCAAGAAGGAAACUUUUCCUAUCUUAUUCAAAGCUUUUUCUCACCUUAGAAGUAAGAACUGGGUGACUGGAUCGGGCUCUCAGUAUGGGGUAGACUUUGUUGCCUAUCGUCAUCAUCCUGCUUAGGUACAUUCUGAAUAUGCUGUGCUCGUUUUAUCAGCACAAGAUGGUAAUGCAAAUGGUCGCUUAAGAGUUUGGUCCGACUUCCACUGCACUCUUUGUCUUUGUGGUAGUGUGGCGAAAACAUUAUUAAUUCUCGAUAUUGAGCAACAACAAAGUUGUGCAGCUUCUCCAUCAUGCUUAAAUAAUUAUAUUGUUGAAGAGAGAACAAUCACAAGAUGGAGUCCAGAGCAAGGCCGUGAGAAAAAAGUUAAACGUGAUCCAAGUUAAAUCUGUUGAGAUGCACCACAAAGGUCUAUAGGAGGCACUUCUGGUGACAAUGUUGGAUUCAACCAGCUGAAUGUUGCAGUUAAGGAUCUCAACCAUGGUUUUGUGGCUUCCAACUCCAAGGAUGACCCAGCCAAAGGGGGCUUCCAACACUUCCCUGGUCAUCAGCAUGAAUCAUCGUGUCCAGAUUGGAAACGGAGAUGCCCCUGUCCUUGGUUGCUACACCUCCCUCAUUACCGUCAAGUUUGCUGAGAUCUUGACCAAGGUUGAUAUGCUGUCUGGCUAGGAACUUGAGAAGGUGCUCAAGUUCU